CGUGUUGUCUCCUAGCAGAGGAGGGAAACAGGGAAGGCCGAAGAAUUGUAUAAAAUGUGUAGCUAAGAAAUAUUGUUAUUCCAAGCGAAAUAUUUAUCCGUAUUUAUCGUCUAAAGCGAGAUUUGUUUUGGUAGAAUUGUGCCGUGUUACUGAACGGAAAUGACGUGAUGCUGUAGUUUAUGUAAACUUUAAGUUUUUACCGUACUAGCUAGUUUGUGCUAGCGUCUUAGCUGCUGUUUGUUUUGCUAGCAUGGUUUAGUUUGUUUGUUUGUUUUUGUUUUGUUCGUUGUUUGUUUUGUAUCCACAAUGAAUGAGAAAUCGUAAACAAUUCGUUAUACGUGUUAUUUUGAGAUAGUGUUUGUCUAAUUAAGUGUGGAGAAGAGAAGAGUGUAGAGACAGACGAGCUGCUCUGUGUUUGCUAGCUCUCUGACUAGCCUUAGUAAACAUGGGAAACUGUCUGAAAUCCCCGACAUCGGACAACAUUUCGUUACUACACGAGUCUCAUUCGGACCGAACCAGCACCGGGGACGGACCCGAGCACGAGUUCGAGCCUCCUCCGCCCUAUGAGGAGCAGGUACGUAUGCCAGUGUACCAUCCCACACCCAGCCAGACGUGUUUGGCCACCCAGCUGACAGAAGAGGAACAGAUCCGCAUCGCUCAGCGCAUCGGUCUCAUUCAGCACCUGCCCAGAGGAGUGUUCGAUGGAGGGAAAGACGGAUCUGAGAAGAAGAUCCGAGAGUGUGUGAUUUGUAUGAUGGACUUUGUAUACGGAGACCCCAUCAGGUUCCUUCCCUGCAUGCACAUCUACCACAUGGACUGCAUAGACGACUGGCUCAUGCGCUCCUUCACCUGUCCUUCCUGCAUGGAACCAGUCGACGCCGCACUCCUCUCCACGUACGAGACCAACUGACGCCGCGUUCUCUCUGGAGAGACACCUUCCCCCUCCCACAGAUCUCAGCAACAGCAUCCAGCUAAUAGCGGACGAAGGCCUUCAUCGUGUCCCUUGCCGCUGUUAUCGGUUCGGGAUAGAGGCCAGUUUUUUUAAAAUACCCAGCGUACAUACAUACACACACACACACACACACUUCUUUUUCUUCCUUUCAUGCAUCAGUUAGUCAUCAUUUUCGGGGCGUAUCUGCAGAACGAGAAGAGAUUCCUGAGGACUGAAAUUUAUAUUCUCAAGCACUUAUAUGCAGUCCUUGAGCUACAGUGAUCGAACACUGUAAUUUUUGUGUUUACUGACCCAAAACGGUCUGCUUGAGAAUUCCGGCAUGGUUCUUCUUCGCUUUGAUUAAACAUCCGUCUAACGCUAAGACACAGGGGUGUACAACGAUCUCCCAGGACGUGCAGAUUCGUACCACAACACGUCUUUGCCUCUGAUUUAUUGCGUUUGACUUAUCGGCAGCGAGCUUAUACUAACCCAAAUAACCAGUCUUUACAACCAGGGUGAGCAGAAACGCAUCACCAAACCCACAACAUGUCGAUCCUUUCCACUUCUGUCAGCCAAGAACAGGAAGCUGGCGUGACUGUGUGUAAUCUGCGUGUAUAGUCAUGUAAUGAUUUCGCUUAGCAGAUGUUUGAUUAGCAGUUUUUAGCAGUCUCCAGACUCUCUACUGCAAAGUCUUCACAACUACUUCAAGACUGCGAUUUUUGUGGUUCCGCAGUAGCGCAAGAAGUUGCGAUUUAUUAUUUUUUUUUUUCCCUUCGUUUUGACACAAUUAAUACAUUUGUAUAAUGUUGUAUAAAGCGAUGACAAUGUGGCUGUUCCACAACGUUAAACCCUGCUAUAAACAGAUCAAACGUAUGACAUAAUCCUUGGCAAAUUGCUGUAGUAGGACGUGUAGUUAUCGAGAGUACCGUCAUUAGCAGUAUCGUUGCUUCCUUUUGCUGCAUCACAUGACUCUGAGGUUGUAAUUACUUCCGGCUGCAAGCGUGCAAGGGUUUUAUUCCCUACUCAAAACGUCCGAAAGUUUUGACUCCUUUUUUUUUUUUUGAGUGUUUAGAGUGACUAAAGAUGGUUGUACAUCUCUGAGCUGCUGUUACAAUACACGACGCGUCCGCCGUUGCCGUGGUUUUCCGCAGACCUGCCUCGGGUCUCUUCUCAAUCAUUUUAUUGCCAAAGGCACAGAAACUAAAACAAGGAACUCGUGUAAAAAAAAAAAAAAAAAGGGCUGAGUCAUGCAUGGUGGAGGGGGGAGUUUGGGGGGGGAGUUUUGGUCGAACCAAAUGACUACCUGUCUCAAUCUACAUUAGAAAUGCUUGCACACACACACACAGACACACACAGACACACACACACAAAAACUAUUAUAUACUAAACCUAGAGAUUUGCACUUUACACACAAUUCUAAGAAUAAUGUAUUUAUGUAGAAUCUUGCACCAGUUUUUUUUCUUUUUUCUUUUUUUUUGUUCUUCUUCUUUCAGUAGUGCUGAUGAUUUUUAUUCCUCAAAGCAGGUGAUCUACAGUGAGGUCCAAAAGUCUAAUGAAACUUCUUCUCAACUUUAAUACAACGCUUUUCAUCUUCAAAAUAUCGACAUGGAUUUCAGACUUCAUUAACAUUUGGCUGGUGAACAUUAACGACACUCGAGCUGCGCGGACUCCAAGUUCGUACAAAAAAACGUACGAUCCGUUUUAGCGUCACGGGAUCGACGAAUAGAUAGUAAUAGUAACACGAUCAUUAACAUACAUAUGUUUACAUUCGAAUCAAGACCUAGAAAUAGUGCAGAAUCCUGAAUAUUAAUUCAAUUGUAUUUGUAUUCAAUACAGACUUUUGGACCCCGUUGCCUCCUUGUUUAUCCAUUUGUAUUAUUCAGUACAUUAUUUCACAAAUCUAACAAUAUCCAGACUUAGUUGUUGACUUGACAAACUGAUGCUGUUCACCAUGGUGGAUCACGCCACGGUCAAUAAAAACGCAGACCAUUAAAACGGAAA